AUGUGCAUUUACAAUUAAAUAAAUUUCGUUCUAAUAAAGAAAGUGAAUUUUACUCAGAAACAUAACAUAUUAAUGGCGACGAGGAUAAAAGUGAAAUAUUAGAAAAAGAAGUCGUAUAAGUCGGUAGUGAAAUUUUUUUAUAUGUCGCAAUCAGAAGAAGUAAAUUCCGAUACGAAAAAUUUUUCGGAAAAUACUCAAGGUCAAGUGUCGAAACCGGUCAUGGCUUUGGCGGGAAACAUCGAACCAUUUGUUCAAGGAACAAAUUUCGAGUCGUAUGAGGACAGAGUAAGUCAGUUCUUUGUAGCUAACGAUAUUAAAGAAGAAAAGAAAACAUCAAUGUUCAUUACCAUAUCGGGUGAAGCGAUGUAUGAUAUUUUGAAGUCGUUAACAUGUCCGGAUAAGCCAAGCUCAAAGUCGUAUACAGAGAUAAUGAAAUUGUUAAGAGAACAUUUUACGCCAAAAUCAAAUAAACGAGCCGAACGAUACAAAUUCAAUCAGGUCGUUCAUGAGACCGGUGAAAAAAUCAGUGAUUUUAUAGUACGAUUAAAGUCUGUGUCACAAAAGUGUAAAUUCGGUGAUUUUCUAGAAAAUGAAACCGGAGCGAACAUUGCAAACUAUAAAAUGAAAGUAUUAGAUGAAGCCUUAACGGACCGAUUUAUUGUUGGUCUGAAAAAUGAGAAAAUACAACAGGCAUUGUUAAGUGAAGAUAAAUACAAUUUCGAACAAUGUUGUGAGAAAGCUUUACAAAUGGAAAUGGUUCAAAAGGAAACAAAAUCAUUGCAGCCAUCGGUUAUAAAAGCUAUUCGUUCAAACGAAAAAAACUCACAACAAAGGUCUCGCAGCAUAAGCCGAUCGAACGGUAAAUCGAAUUUCAAAGAACGAAGCGGCAAUAGAUCUAACGGUACUCAAUGUGGACGGUGUGGAAGGUCACACGAUGAGAAAACUUGUCCCGCCAGAGAUUGGAAGUGUUAUAAGUGCCAAAAAGUCGGUCAUAUUUCUCCGAUGUGUAGAAGUAAAAAGUAUCAAAGCGUCGAAAAGUCUGGAAGUCAACCGGCUUUAAAAACAAUUCGUUACGAUGAGAGAGAUUCGGGAAAUUUCAUCAAGCAAAUCAAAGAAGGUCCGGUAAUUCGAGACGGUGAAUCGACUACCCUGGAAAUUACUGUAAAUACGGAUGAUGUUAAGUGGGUAGAGCAGCAACAAUCUAAUUCAGUCGACAACAAUAAGUCUGGACGUACGGUAAAAACUCUGAAGCGAAUUGGCGGGAACGCGCUGGAAUACGAGUUGGACGUGGAGAAUAAAAAGGUUACUAUGGAAUGCGAUACGGGAGCUGUAGUAACAGUUCUGAGCGUAGAAGAAUACGAAGAAAAAUUUAAUUAUUUACCGUUGAUUCCUAUACAAUCCGAUUCUAAAGUCCCUUUGUGCACAAUUUCAGGCCAAAAGCUACGAGAAGUAGGAAGAAUCGAAGUUCAGGUGGAAUUUGCUGGGAAAAGUAAGAAAUUGGAAUUGUAUAUACUCGAUUUGGGUCAUCCUUUCAUGGCACUGAUGGGUCGUGAUUGGCUGAAUGUUUUUAUUCCGAAUUGGAAGAAGCUGAUGUCUGCACAAACGAAUUCUUCAAUUAAUUCGGUGAAGAGCAGCACCUACCUAUCGAAAAGAGAGUGAAAAAAUUCAUUAUGUACCACAACAAUUCACCUAGCACGGCAACUGGGAAGUCUCCAUCUGAACUUAUUUUUUCUUUUAAACCAAGAACGUUAUUAGAUUUAGUAAAUUGUAGAAAUAAGGAUGAAUUUGAUUCGAGAAAAAGAGAAAUGAAUUUUCUGGAAGUGGAUUCCAAGUAUAAAGUAAAUCAAAGAGUCAUGUAUCUGAGUCAUUUGAAAAAUUUUAUUAAAUGGAUACCGGCUACAGUGAAACAAGUAAUUAGUAAAUUCACAUAUUUGAUAAUGGUGAAUGGUAUUGUUAGAUUCGUUCACGAAAAUCAACUGAAGAUUUCUAAGUUAAGCGAAGAUAACGAGUACCAAGCGUUGUCAGUGGUAACUGAACCGAUAAAAUCAAAUGAAAAAUUCAAUGAAGGUGGUAAAAUUGUACAAAAUUCUUUAAAUAGUGAAAGAAAAAGUAUGAUUAAAGAAAGGUCGAUUUCUGUGUCAGAAGAAAAUUCUGAGAAAAAGAAGGUGAAUUUUAAUUUGGAAAAAACUCGUUCAAAUUCGGUGUCUGAGGGAGAAAAGAAGACUAGGUAUGGUAGAACGGUUGUCAAACCGAAAUUUUUUCCGAAUUGAAAACUUGAAUUUAU